CUUCUUUCCCUUUUUUCGUUCUCUCUCUCUCUCGAGCUUGAGAAAAAGAUGGACAAAUUGCCUUUCUGAUCUUCAGCGAAGCGAAGGAGCGGAAGAAAGGCGAAGCUUUCCCACAUUGCUUUCUCCAGCCGAUCGAAACCCUAAAGGAAAGUAAAAGGAGAUAAAGAAGUUUCUGUCGCUCGACCAUUUUGCUUCGCGAUGGGGUUGUGGGAAGCUUUUCUCAAUUGGCUUCGAAGUCUCUUUUUCAAGCAAGAAAUGGAAUUAUCUCUGAUUGGGCUUCAGAAUGCUGGAAAAACAUCACUUGUAAAUGUUAUUGCAACGGGUGGAUACAGUGAAGACAUGAUCCCAACGGUAGGAUUUAACAUGAAGAAGGUGACAAAAGGAAAUGUAACAAUAAAGCUUUGGGAUCUUGGAGGCCAACCUAGGUUCCGUAGUAUGUGGGAAAGAUAUUGUCGUGCGGUUUCUGCGAUUGUAUAUGUUGUGGAUGCUGCUGAUUACGAGAACUUGUCUGUCUCAAAAAGUGAACUUCACGAUUUGUUGAGUAAGUCAACACUGAAUGGAAUCCCAUUGCUGGUAUUGGGUAACAAGAUUGACAAACAGGGAGCUUUGUCUAAGCAAGAUCUCACCGAACGAAUGGGGCUGAAGUCUAUAACUGAUAGAGAAGUUUGUUGCUUCAUGAUUUCCUGCAAGAACUCCACCAAUAUCGACACUGUUAUCGACUGGCUCGUAAAGCAUUCAAAGUUGAAAAACUGAGUUUCAGAUUCCAACAUCUACUCAUCGCAAGAGACAUAUUUUCCCAGUUGGCAAAUAUGUGUGAGUUACUGAUAUCCAACUUCCCUGCCCUGUUCUGUUCUGUGUUUGUUUAUACCUUUGCACAUACAUCUAUGUACAUUGGUUUAGAAUUGUAUUUGAAGUUGAAGGGUGAUGAUGAUUCUAUUUCUCUUGUUGGGGGAGGGAAAACAGAGGUUGGUUUUGGUUCGUUGAUGGAUUGUCAUCUCAAAAUUUUUCCCCUUGUAUGAUUCUAUAUAUUACUUGGGACAUGGACUAGUUUGUUCAAAAUCUCUCUUUUUCUCUAUGAUUUUGAUUUAUCAAUGUUGGCUUCUUUAUAAGA